CGUCAACACCGCCGCCUUGUGACCAGAACGGAGUAUACACAAGCACAAUCCCCCUCCCACACCAUGGCUGACGCACAAUUCGAUAGCGCGCUGGACCUCCUCCGGCGCCUGAACCCGCGCGACACCAAGACCAAUCUCCAGGCCAUUACAUCCAUCGUCCCUGAUCUGACCGAAGACCUCCUCUCCUCCGUCGACCAGCCCCUGGAGAUUCGCCGCUGCCCGCAGACCAGCCGGGACUACCUGCUCUGCGACUACAACCGCGACGGCGAUAGCUACCGGUCACCAUGGAGCAAUGAGUUUGAUCCCCCUCUUGAGGAUGGAACGGUUCCUAGUGAGCGUGUGCGUAAGCUCGAGGUCGCGGCUAAUGAGGCGUUUGAUGUUUACCGGGAGCUUUAUUAUGAGGGCGGUGUUGGCAGUGUGUACUUUUGGGAUUUGGAUGAUGGAUUUGCGGGUGUGAUUUUGCUUAAGAAGGGGGUUACGGCUGGUUCCCAGAGCUCCGGCGAGUGGGACAGCAUUCAUGUCUUCGAGGCUACCGACCGCGCACGCAUGUCCCACUACAAGCUUACUAGCACUGUUAUUCUGCAUCUGGCUAAUGAAACCGAGGCCCUCGGUGAGAUGGACCUGAGCGGUAACAUGACCCGUCAGGUUGAGGCCGAUUUGCCCGUUGAGUCGGAUGCGAGCCACAUUGCCAACGUUGGACGGUUGGUUGAGGAUAUGGAGUUGAAGAUGCGGAACUUGCUGCAGGAGGUUUACUUCGGCAAGGCCAAGGACGUUGUUGGUGAGCUGCGGAGUCUGUCGUCGCUCUCAGAGGCUAAUCGGGACCGUGCAACGCAACUCGAGAUGAUCAAGGGCAUGCAGAAGUGAUCUAUUCUUGGUUUUGUGUCUUGCCAGGCAGGUUAGGUUAAACGAGGCUCCGGAGCCCAGAUUAGACAACCCGCUGUUGCUUUCGUUUUUGCAUAGCUUUGUUCUGUGAACAGUCUUGGAUAUUUUACCCAAAUACACCUGAUAUCAAUAUAUGGCCCUUCAAAGUAAAUCAUGGAAUUGCUGGUUUCUCUAAGCUCUUGCUUCCGUAACCGGGGUAUCAUUCAUAAAGUUCCAAAACCAGCCCAUUAUUCAUCCAGCAACAUUUCUGGUCCAUCUUAAUCGACCUCCAUCUUCUCAGACUCGUUCUGCUCUUGGUUGCCCGAGCCCUUCGAUCCGUUGGGCGCAUUGUCCAAUUGUUCCACAAAACUUCUCGCAGCAGCCCACAGCUCAGCUUCCUUGUCCUUGCCAACCGUAUCCUUGCGGCUGUUCAGCCAACUGACAUCAAGAGGGUUCCCAGAUCCAGGUCCCGCGGCUCCAACGGCACCGGCGCCAGCGCCAGCAGCAUCACCCGGUUUAGUAGCCAUAUCAGGUGUAGAAAGGGAGGCUUCUUCAAGGGCGUAGACUUGUCGGCGCAGCCGAACAUCGAUGGAGGAGAGCAGAGAGAAAUAUUUCGCGGUAGCUUCUUUGAAUUGGGCCUUGUGGGAUUCCAGAGUGCCGUCAGUUGGUGUUUCGGAGUCGGGCUUGGUGUUGGUUAGCGC